AUGUUUAGUCCCCGCAACGCCCUGAACUCCGCUCGUCGGGGGCCGGACGUGGCCACCGGGAGGAAGAGCCUGUCCGGGCCGGCGGCCAGCCUGUUGUUCUCCCCGCGGAAAACGCCUCUGUCGGCGAGGUCCACUCCCACGCGGGUUCAGACCCACUCAGCUGCAGAAUCCCUCAGCUAUGACGUGAGGACGUUUGGCUCAUCCCUGCCCGUCAAAGUCAUGGAGGCCCUGACCAUGGCUGACGCUGAUGACCAGAUCUCAGUGAAGGUGAACGAAAGCGGCUGGGCAUGGAUGGUUUGUGGAGAGAGGGUGAUCAUCUGGAAGAUCUGUCAGACUCCUGUAGCCAAGCUGUCGGUGUGCAAGAUGCUACAACUGCCCAGCAGCGACUACAACUACACGGCAGACCUGGUGGCUGUGACCUCCCCCGCCUCUCUGGACGUGGCCCCCGUUCAGUCCAUUUCCGUGCUGGCGCUGGCUGCGGAGGGUACAGCUCGCUUCUGGCCAAGCCUGGCCCACGAGGGCAACUACACCGAUUUGGAUUUGGACUUUGGAGAUCUCUGCAACUUUGUGGUCGCUGUCAGAGGCGGAAGCUUCGUCCUUUCAUCGGUCAAGAAUCAGAUGUUCAGAGCAAGUGCCGACUCCUCCGGGAAGCUGCAGUACCGGCCCCUGCAGCAGGGUCAGGGCAUGCUGUCUGGCAUCGGCCGCCGUGUGUCCAGCCUGUUUGGCAUCCUCUCCCCUCCAGCCAACGACACACUCCACAGUGUGCUGUGGGACCCAGAAACCAGCGGCCUGUACACACUCACCUCCUCCGGUCUGAGUAAGUGGGAGGUGGACGACGGCUCCGAGCACCAGAUCUUCAGUUGGGACACCCGCAGAGCUCUGACCGAAAGCAUCACCGAUUCGAUUUGGGGGUCAGAGAGCAACUACGAGGAGAUGAAGGAGGGGGCGAACGUGGCCUACCUGGACAUGAAGCUCGGCCAAGCUGGCCUGGUGGUGUCGGCGGCAGCCUGGAACCCGUCGGACACCCCCUGCCUGGCCUACUUCUGCCUGGUCACCCUGCAGGAUAACGGGGCCUCCAUUAGUGAGCAGUUCACCGUAGAGGUCACAAAGUUUAACUGUCCAUUCCAGAGCGAGGAGGCCCUGCUGGCCACGCGACUGGUGAUGCCCCCUUCCCCCGGCUCCACCGCCUUCCUGUACAACCAGGAACUGGUGUUUGCGUGCUCAACGGGCACCAGCAGGGGAGCGCUGCCCGAUGAGAAGAUCAGUUUUAACUCAGCAGGUGACGGCGUCUAUGGAGGCGGCUGCUGUGCCAACCUGCCCGUAUUUUUCUCCCAGAAGAGCGGCCUGGUUGCGGUGGUGGCCAAAGAGACGGCGUCCAUCCUGCCAGAGACCAUGGAGGACUCGCUGUGCUCUUCACUGGCUGCAGCCCCAGAGGUUUCUGUCAUGGAGACUCCAGUCCGAGGAGAGCCUGUAGCCCAGGAGGACAAGACAAAACUCCUAAAAGCUGCCUUCCUGCAGUUCUGUCGAAACGACCUAAUGGGAGCUCAGAGCAUCACAGAUGAGCUCUUCCCUGCCGACGGCGAUGGAGAGGAGGGAGCAGACUUGGACGGCAUCGUGACCCAGAUCAACCUGGACUUGGUGGACGACUACCCGGCCUCAGAUCCUCGCUGGGCCGAGUCUGUGGGUCUGCUGGACCGGCUCAGCCAGGCGACGGUGCGCUCGGCCCCGAUGGCCACGCGCCUGCUGCUGUGCGAGCACGCCGAGAAGCUGCAGGCGGCCAUGGUGCUGAAGAACUACCACACCAAGCACGGCGAGCUGGUGAACCGGGCCAUCGGCGCGGCGGUGCAGGCCGCCGCCUCGGUGCCGCCCAGCCUCACCGUGGCCGACGUCUUCUUCAGAGAGGUGUCGCAGAUCUCCUCCGUGUUCGACUGCCUGCUGGAGGAGGUGGAGCAGGGCCUAAAGGAGGGCCCGGCUGACUCCGUGCAGUCGGCCGAGGUGGUCCUCACGGUCAACAACAUCAUCAAGGACAUGCUCCAGGCUGCUGGCCAGUACAGGGAGACAAAGGCUUCCGUGUACAGAGCCCCUGAAAAUGCCGCCCCAGAGCCCGAGUAUCACGACCUCAUCCUGCGCUCGGUCUACCCGCUGGCCGACUCGCAGUUGCGCGGCGUCCUGUGCGAGCAGCUGGUGGCGCUGCUGGACAUCUACCUGGGCGGCUACGUGGCCCAGCUCACCUCCCUGCAGCAGCAGCAGAGGCCCACGGGGGCCCAGCAGGAACGCUACAACAGUCUGGAGAUGGAAUACAGCCAGCGGCGCUCCGAGCUGCUGACCCCUCUGCUGGAGCUGGGCCAGUACCAGUGGGUGGCGGCGCUGGCCGAGAAGUACUGCGACUUCGACAUUCUGGUCCAGAUGUGCGAGCAGACGGACAACCAGAGCCGCCUGCAGCACUACAUGGCCAAGUUUGCUGAGCAGAACUUUGCCGACUUCCUGUUUCGCUGGUACAUGGAGAAGGGGAAAAGGGGGAAGCUGCUGUCCCAGCCGGCUGCCCAGCACCAGCAGCUGGCCAGCUUCCUGCAGUCGCACCAGCACCUGAGCUGGCUGCACCACAUCCACAUCCAUGACUACCAGAGUGCCCACCGGACUCUGUACAGCCAGGCCAACAUGGAGACGCGUUACUUUGUGAAGAAGAAGACCCUGCUGGCUCUCAGUAAGCUGACCGCGCUGGCCUCAGACCUGCCCGAGGACAAGCUCAACGAGCAGAUUGAUGAUAUUGUGGAACAGGAGCGCUUCCUGCUUCAUCAGGAGACUCUGCCCAGACAGCUGCUGGAGGAGAAAGAGCAGAACCCAGACACCAUGCCUCUGCUCUCGGCUCACAACCUCAUACAGCUGUACAUCAGCGACGACAACAGGCGGGCCAACGAGUACGACUUCAAAAAGGCUCUGGACCUGCUGGAGUACAUCGAGGAGGAGGACGCCGUGGACACCAACGCGCUCAAAUGCGAGAUCUUCGGCAAAGCGCUCCGGAGGGACGACUGGUCCUCCGCCGACGGGAAUGACAACCCUCUGGACGCAGCCAAGGACAGCAUCUUUGUCAAGAUCCUCCUGAAACUCAUUCAAGAAGGUGUUCCUCUGGACACGUACCUGCCGGACGUCAAAGAGCUGCUGGAGCUGGACGACCUGAGCAGCUUUAGAUCAAAGCCCUAUUUUGAGUUCGUCCUUCGAGCUAAUUAUGAACAUUAUCUUCAAGUUCAGAUGUGA